CCUUUCUGUUGGAUCGUUAGACCUCUUCUUAGUUGUCUUGUUUGGGGACUUUGUUUCAGACAGACUUAGAGCUUAUCUCCAGUGGAUGUCUAUCUGGUGUCUUUAGAUUACACUAUGUGGUUUCUUCUAGCUGGGGUUGUGCUGCUGGUGUGUGCUGCAGAUGCCACACCAGUUGGUGGCAGAACAGUUCCUGACUUUGGAAAGAUGUAUCAUGUCAAAGGUGAACUGUCUCUGCCUCAUUCUGAGAUAACAGAGCAGUUUGAAGCUUGGUACGACCUCGAGGGGAACAGGAGUCGAAUCGACUAUCGUAACAGCACAGUGCGCACAUUUCUGGUUGGAAACGACUUGGAUAAUGGUGCCAUUUACAAGAUCACACCAGUCCUCAAAGUUAUUAAGUGUUUCCAGCUUAAUGGUACCAGUGAGGAUCCAGUACGUGCACAGGCAGCGCUGCCUGAUUUGCAGGGCUUUGAGUUUGAGAAGAUGGGGUAUUAUGAAGGUGUUCAGUGUGAGGUCUGGAUAAAGGUCGCUCAGGUUGGCCAUAAGAAGAACACGUAUCGUCUGUGGGUCACACGUCCAGAGGGAAGUGAUUCCCCAGCGACCCCACACCGCUUUGAGAUGGAGGGCUACAACACUCUUUUGGAGUCCCACAAUGACAAAUACACUAUUAGCUACAGUGACUUCAGCCCUCAAACUGAGUCUGACAUUUUCAUACGACCUGAAGAAAUGACCUGUAGAGAGUUUCCUGAUCCUGUAGAGGAGCGUCAAAUAUUGGCCAACCCCAUUCAAGACUAUGUGAGCACGUCCCCUGUUAGCCACGCCCACCGACUGUUCGGUCCCUUUAAGGAGAAGUUCGCUCGUCUGUAUAAAAGUGAUAAGGAGCACGAGGAGCGUGAGAACUACUUUAUACACACACAGCGGUUUGUGCACUCUACAAAUAGAGCUGGUCUUUCAUUCAGCGUUGGCAUCAAUAACUUUGCUGACUGGACAAAGGCAGAGAAGGCCAAGUUGGGAGGAUUUAUUCCACGUCGGGAAAAGAAUGAUGCCACACCAGUUGGUGGCAGAACAGUUCCUGACUUUGGAAAGAUGUAUCAUGUCAAAGGUGAACUGUCUCUGCCUCAUUCUGAGAUAACAGAGCCGUUUGAAGCUUGGUACGACCUCGAGGGGAACAGGAGUCGAAUCGACUAUCGUAACAGUACAGUGCGCACAUUUCUGUUCGGAAAUGACUUGGAUAAUGGUGCUAUUUACAAGAUCACACCAGUCAACUCUCUAACCGAAAUCCAAGCUAUGAAGUGUUUCCAGCUUAAAGGUACCAAGAAGAAUCCAAUACGUCCACAGGCAGCGCUGCCUGGUCUGCAGGGAUUUGAGUUUGAGAAGAUGGGGUAUUAUGAAGGUGUUCAGUGUGAGGUCUGGAUAAAGGUCGCUCAGGUUGGCCAUAAGAAGAACACGUAUCGUCUGUGGGUCACACGUCCAGAGGGAAGUGAUUCCCCAGCGACACCACACCGCUUUGAGAUGGAGGGCUACAACACUCUUUUGGAGUCCCACAAUGACAAAUACACUAUUAGCUACAGUGACUUCAGCCCUCAAACUGAGUCUGACAUUUUCAUACGACCUGAAGAAAUGACCUGUAGAGAGUUUCCUGAUCCUGUAGAGGAGCGUCAAAUAUUGGCUAACCCCAUUCAAGACUAUGUGAGCACGUCCCCUGUUAGCCACGCCCACCGACUGUUCGGUCCCUUUAAGGAGAAGUUUGAGCGUCAGUAUAAAAGUGAGAAGGAGCACGAGGAGCGUGAGAACUACUUUGUUCAUACCUUUCGGCGUGUGCACUCUGUGAACAGAGCUGGUCUUACAUACAGCCUUGGUAUCAAUCAGUUUUCUGAUUGGUCAAACGCAGAAAGGAUGCACUACCACUGAUCUAUAUAUAUGUUCUCUAUUAUAGAUCAGUGACUACUACAGAUAAAAUGGAUUGGUUGACUACAUAAACUGCUUUUAAAAUGUCAAUAAACAACAUUUUGAAUUGAAAAGAAA